AUGCUGCUACACGUCUUGCAGUGCGUCGCCACCUGCCUACCUCUGAGCGUGCGCACUUUAGCCAGGGCGCUGGAGGAGCUAGCGGGGGCGGUCGAGGCGGCGGUGGAGGCAGCGGAGGGAGUGGGGGUGGCGGUGGGAGUGGUGGCGGGAGUGGAGGUGUCGUUGGCUGCAGUGGAGGCAGAGGAGGCGGAGGCGGUGGCGGUGGGAGCGGAGGUAGCGGAGGUGGCGGCGGUGGAGGAGGCGGUGGCGGAGGAGGUGGAGCUGGUCAGGGUGGCGCUACGCAGCAGGGCGGCUCCGGUGGGGCGGCAGCGGGCUGCCCCUCACUCCUCCUAG